AUGAAUCGAUCAUCUGUCGGUAAUUCCAUAAUAAAGAGCGAAUCUGCGGCCAAAAUUGUGAAAAAUUGGCUCUUUGAUUAUGCUUGCAGGCAUGACAUGCUCAAUGUUUUGAAUAACAUAGCAGCCAAUCACAGAGAUCUCUGGUCAGAGCAGGGAUGUACCAUUCCCAUUGUACGACCCACUCUUUGUAUCCUCCGGGAUAUUGUAACACAGCAAAAGUAUUCCCAAUUUCCUAAAAUGAUAGAAGCAGUUGAGAGUAUUUAUGAGCAGUGUCAGGACGUUCUGUCAUUUAGAGUUUAUUCAAAGUUGAUUGAGUCAAUGAAACUAUUGGCUUUGCUGGAGUUGUUGAGAACAGAUGAUGCUAAUGUAUUUGAAUUUUUUCGAAAUUAUUUCAAAGCAACAGGCUAUGAUCACCCGAAAGCAGAUCUCGAGACAAAACGGCGUUUGACUGAAGGCCAUAGACAAUUCAGAAAAUUUUUUUUUUCUAUAUCUGCUCAGCCGUCAUUUAGGGAAGAUUAUUUUAGAGAAAGAUAUGAAAUCGAUUAUGGGGGCCAGUUUGUGGAUAGACUGAAAAGACAAAUGAUGAAGUAUUUGGAUGGCAACGACGGCGAUGGUGACGUCAUCAUCGACAACAACAACAACAAUGACAUCAACAACAACAAUGAUGUCAACGACGACAACAACAACAAUCACAUCAACAGCAACAACAACAACAUUGUUUCAUGCAUCCUAUCAUUCAAAUCUCACAUAUUUAAAAGUUUUGUAUACAACAUCAAAUAUUACCAUACAAAAACAGCAGCAGCAGCAACCACAGCAGCUGCUGCUGAAAUCACAGCGACAGCUGCUGCAACCACAUCAAAGAAAUCAAAUAAAAACACAUCAACAACAUCAUCAGUAGUCUCAUCGGCUACAUCAGCAAAAACUGUACUCCCAGAUGAUGUUGUUAUUUUUCUUCUUGGCCUGUAUAAAUUCAUGCAAGAAGAAAAAUACAACGUCGCUAACGUCAGUAGUGGCCGUGGUGGCAGCGUUAGGUGUGGCUGUGGCGGUAGUGAUUGUAGUGGCGUUAAAAUUUAUGGUUUUGGUUGUGGUAGUGUUCUUUUUCCUCCUGAUUUCCUUAACAGAGAUGGGAAUCGAACCCUCGCCUUGAAGUUCGUGUUCGAUUUGGCUCGAUUGACUUAUACAGCCGCAUCAAAAAACUAA